AUGACGGUGGCUUUAUCCAACCCCGCCGCAGCGCCGGUGAGCACAAAAGCAUAUAUGUCAGUUAUAGGAGGUACCUGCGCGCUCUUGUGUACCGUGGGCUUUGUCGUUGCCUUCGGUGUCUUCCAAGGAUACUACACCGAGCACGUCCUUCGAGGUAUGAGCGAGUUCGACAUCUCCUGGAUUGGGUCUGCUUCAAUUUUCCUAUUGUACAUAUCAGCGCCCAUCUGCGGCGUUCUGGUUGAUAAGUUUGGACCCAAGGUUCUGCUCAUCGGCGGUUCGAUCGGAGUCCUCGUGGCUAUUUUUAUGAUUUCUCUCUGUUCCCAGUACUACCAAAUUUUCUUGGCUCAGGCUGUGCUUCUUGGAAUUAGUAUGGGCUUCGUCACAUGGCCACCUUUGGCUGUUGUUUCACGCCAUCUUCCACACCAUCGUGGCCUGGCCUUGGGUGUUAUCACUGGAGGUUCUUCAGUGGGCGGAGUAGUCUGGCCGAUCAUGAUCGAGCAACUUCUUACCAAGCGAAACCUCGGGUUUCCGUGGACCGUACGCGUGCUGGGUUUCACUAUGCUGCCUCUUCUGGCAUUUGCAUGCAUUUCUGUCACUGAGCCACCAAACCAAAACCAACCCAGGCCAGUUCUGGAGACGACUGUUGAGGGAGGUUCGGUAUUUCCACUGCCGAAGCCUGAGGAUGCCUCCCAAUCAUUAUUCAGGAAACCGGUCUUUAUCUCUCUAUGCAUUGGGUUCGGCCUCGGCUUCUUGGGCCUGUUCAACCCCUUCUUCUAUAUCUCGUCGUACGCGUCUGGCCAUGGCGCUUCGGCACAAACCUCCUUUUACAUGAUCUCCAUCAUCAAUGCAGCAUCCCUCUUUGGCCGCGUUAUUCCCGGAAUAAUGGCUGACCGUUUAGGGCAUUAUAACGUGAUGAUAUUCGUACUAUUCACCUCGGGAAUUAUCUCGUUCUGCUGGACCUCAGUUCAUAACCUGACCGGGCUUAUCAUCUGGUCCAUAGCAUAUGGGUUUUCUUCCGGAGCUAUCCUGAGUCUUCAAGGUGCCUGCGUGGGGAAGAUUGCGACUCCCCAAAAUCAAGGCAAGGCAAUCGGCUUCUUGCAGGGUUCUUUGGCUCUAACUGUUCUGGUAGGCUCGCCAAUCGGCGGCCAACUGCUUGGUCACUAUGGAUACUUAUCACUAUCAAUGUUUACGGGCGCUACGCUUGUUGUGGGAUCAAUGGUUAUGGGCUAUGCGAGACUGUGUAUUGAUCGGAGAAUUAUGAUAUCUGUCUAG